AUGUUCUCCCGAAAGAAAAGGGAAUUGAUCAAAACCCCUUCCAUCUCGAAGAAGAGUCGAGCAGGAAGCCCGGGGCCACAGAGUUCAUCAGUAAGUACUAAGUAGCACAUCAUCUAUGAUUUCCUCCUGUCACUCAGACAUAGUUCCUGCUCAGUUACUGUCUGUCUGCUGCCGAGAAGGGAACUAGGGGACAGAAUGACAGAGGUCAAGUUUCAGUAGGCUAGAUUAGACCUUAAUUAAAUAGACUUCACUAUUAUGGACCAGCAAUGACCGGUUUAGUGCGGUAUUUUAAAGGCUGAAAGAUGAGCAGUUAUAGCUGAUUUAUAUGGACACCAUUAUUAAGUAAUUUAAAGUAGCUUAGACACUACUGAAAUAUUAUUUGGUUGAAUAUUUAAGGUAAUGUAGUAUGCAAAGACUUAAUAAUAGGCAUAUUGAUAAAUGAUAGUUUUUUGCAGAAUGACUCAUUUUGAAAACACUCAUUUGAAAAUGUUUUAGUGGGUUAGUAAGCCAGUACAGGUUGGUCUCUCUUGCAUGAUCAGUCAAGUUUCACAAGUGGCUUCUGCUAAAGAUGCUGGUAAAACAAUAGGGACAUAGACCAUGCUGAAACGUGGUGGCAGAAACAGCUAUAACCCAUACUCCACGGGUCAGAGAAUAAAGAAAGCGGAGGCUAAAGCCAAGAACAAAUUGGAAAUACUACCAAAUAGACCCAAUGUCUGGCUCAAACAGGUAGGUCAAGGACAAACAAUUUAAUCUGUUAUACACCUAGGUUUAAAUAAACUCCAUACAUUUUUCAGAAUGAGUGGUAUUAUUUAUACUUCUCAAACUUCUGUGCUUCAAAUACUAUUUUUCCAUAUUCAUAUUAUUUCAUACAGGAUCCUACACUACAGUUUAAAAUAGAGUACCUAUAAAAGGUGUUACUGAAACAAUGUCAAGCACCUGCUCUAGUAGUCCUGAGGGUGCUUCCCACUGGCAAGGUGUGAAGCUGUUGUCAUUUUCUCUUUCAUAACCACACCAUGCACUUUGAUGUAUACUGUCUUUUAUUUAGCCAUUAUUUCAUGAGCUCUGUAAUUUAAGUGUGCUGUAGUCCAUGGACAAGUUGGGACACUUGAUGGGUUGAUUUCAUUACUUUUCUGUCAUGUCUCAUCAAACCGUAUAAAUUGAUAUUGCUCAAAGUAGCCAGAGUUUCUCUUUUUGGAGAGCUGUUUCAGGGUGUGGCAAGAAGCUGAGUCAGGAAGUGUUACACAUCACAGGAUCUUAUGAAAAUCUCAGUUCGCCAGUUUACCAACAAGUCUGCCAAACCACUGGCCAAAAAUAAGUCGUCAUUGUCCUGACGUUUUGGUAUAAAUCAUCAUGUCACCACAGAUGUCACAUCCUUCUCCCUUUCCUCUCCCCCUUCCUCUCUCUCACCCAGUUGUCCAUUCUCCAGGAGCAGCCUCGUCAUGAUGCUUUCGACACCACCCCUUCCUCCACCUCCUCUUCCUCCACCCUCCUCACUCCUACCCCUGGUGCCCUGCUGGAUUCCUCUGUGUCCUGCCCUUGCACCCCCAAUGCCCAACACAGCAAGCUGGUUGGGGGGGGCUGCCCGUCCCCGGGGGCUACCAUGAAGAGGCCCACCGGCCUCAGCCGUCAUGCCAGCGCUGCAGGCUUCCCUAUCCACUCCUGGGUGUUCACCAAGGCCCAGGGUAAGGGGCCUGUCACCCCCCAGGACAGCCUAGAGAGCACAGCCAUUGAGGUGGAGGACAUCCCCUCUCUGCUGAGGGAUGUGGCCCACUUCGCUGAGGCUGUGGAGAAGCUGAAGGAUGUUGUAUUGGGGGAAGGUGAGUGGAUAUAGGUUCACAUAGGUUUGUGCACUUCUCCUUUGUCUGGCUAAGGUUUCGCUCUGAGAGAGGUAGAGGACACAAAGGCCAUGUUCUCUAAUGCUUAAAGCAUUUUAGAUUGGAAAAGGGGGCAGGGGGGUGCAUUUUCAAAGUACAGUUAACCAACAGCAAUGCUCAGUCUGUGGAGUCUUGAUUUUCAUUUGGCUCCUAUAAGACAGUUAGACAGGCAUACAAGCUUGUAGAUGGGACAACUUAUCUUCAGAGAACUGGAAUAAGAUGCACUACAUGACCAAAAGUAUGUGGACACCUGAACAUCUCAUUCCAAAAUCAUCGACAUUAAUAUGGAGUUGGUCCCCCCCUUUGCUGCUAUAACAGCCUCUACUCUUCUGGGAAGGCUUUCCAUUAGAUGUUGGGACAUUGCUGCGGGGACUUGCUUCCAUUCAGCCACAAAAGCAUUAGUGAGGUUGGGCACUGACGUUGGGCGAUUAGGCCUGGCUCGCAGUUGGCGGUCCAAUUCAUCCCAAAGGUGUUCGAUGUGGUUGAGGUCAGGGCUCUGUGCAGGCCAUUCAAGUUCUUCCACACCGAUCUCGACAAACUAUUUCUGUAUGGACCUUGCUUUGUUCACGGGGGCAUUGUCAUGCUGAAACAGGAAAGGGCCUUCCCCAAACUGUUGCUACAAAGUUGGAAGCACAGAAUCGUCUAGAAUGUAAUUGUAUGCUGUAGCGUUAAGAUUUCCCUUCACUGGAACUAAGGGGCCUAGACCAAACCCUGAAAAACAGCCCCAGACCAUUAUUCCUCCUCCACUAAACUUUACAGUUGGCACUACACAUUGGGGCAUGUAGCGUUCUCCUGGCAUCCGCCAAACACAGAUUCGUCCGUCAGACUGCUAGAUGGUGAAGCGUGAUUCAGCACUCCAGAGAAAACGUUUCCACUGCUCCAGAGUCCAAUGGCGGCAAGCUUUACACCACUCCAGCUGAUGCUUGGCAUUGCGCAUGGUGAUCUUAGGCUUGUGUGUUGCUUCUGGCCAUGGAAACCCAUUUCAUGAAGCUCCUGACGAACAGCUCUUGUGCUGACGUUGCUUCCAGAGGCAGUUUGGAACUCUGUAGUGAGUGUUGCAACCGAGGACAGACGAUUUUUAGGAGCUACGCGUUUCAGCACUCGGCGGUCCCAUUCUGUGAGCUUGUGUGGCCUACCACUUCGCGGCUGAGCCGUUGUUGCUCCUAGACGUUUCCGCUUCACAAUAACAGCACUAACAUUUGAUGGGGCAGCUCUAGCAGGGCAGACAUUUGACGAACAGACUUGUUGGAAAGGUGGCAUCCUAUGACGGUGCCACAUUGAAAGUCACUGAGCUCUUCAGAAAGGCCAUUGUACUGACAAUGUUUGUCCAUGGAGAUUGCAUGGCUGUGUGCUCGAUUUUAUACAAGUGCGGCUCAAAUAGCCGAAUCCACUCAUUUGAAGGGGUGUCCACAUACUUGUGUGUGUAUAUAUAGUGUAUUUCAGUGUGCACAUGAUUGAUAUGCCUUUGUCAUUGGGCGUGCUUUAUGUUGCAUCGUGACCAUCUGCUAUUGUUUCUUAUUGUCUCUGUGUGGAUGUCUGAAUUCUCCACUACUCUCUUCAAGAUGCGCCACACGUUAGCAUGCACUCAGAACAAUCCUCCCCUCCUGCUCACCACGUGUUGCAUGUGGGAGGGGCGAGGGGAAUGGCGGGGCUAGCUUUGCACAACCCAGAGCUCUUUCUCUCUCUCUUUUUUUUUUCUCUCUCUCUCUCUCUCUCUCUCUCACACACACACACUCAGCGUAACAGCAGCGACUGCACUGCAGUUUCUGACAUGUUGACUCCACUGUCUGCACUCAAGCAAAAUAGCUGGAGAAAAGGUUUUUCCAGCUACAACGACUUCAGAGAGUUGGGCCCAAAAACCAUUAUAGUUACCGUAGAGAAAGGGUUUUUCCAUUCUCAGGAGACAGGCUGAAAAUGUGUCCUAUUUUAUUGAUGCAAUAAGAUACAAGAAGUGCAACAUAAGCGACUGAACAAUUUUCAACUUCAACGACUUGAGAGCAACAAAAAUGGUCUCACUUUGGAACAUGGGUUUUUUGCUCUCAAAGCCAAGGAAGGUUUAGGGUGUCUCCACCUUAUCUUAUUGUAAACCCACCUACCCUGUGACUGUUGUAGGAAUAUAAACAGGAAGCUAUGAUGGAUGGCAUUUGACAGAGAGACCUCGUUCAGACUUCCUCCUCACACAGUCCACUGCUUCAGUCUGACCUCUGACACCGGCAAUACUACAGUACUGUUUCCAGCCUAGCCUUGUGAUGGUCUGAGGUUAAUCUCCCCGUCUGAAACUAUCACAUGAUAUCGGAAAUUACAGGAUCCCUCAGGUUCCUAACUUCUCUCCGAGUUCAGUUCUGACAAAACACAGAGACUAAACAUCAGUAUUUCAGUUGACUCUUGCAUUUGAAGUGUUUAGCAAAUAUUUCAUUUACUACCAAAAUAUACAGUGCCUUCAGAUUAAAAUAAAUAAAUAUAUAUGUAUAUUCACACCCCUUGACUUUCUCCUCAUUUUGUUGUGUUACAGCCAGAUUUUAAAAUGGAUUUUGUGACACUGAUCUACACACAAAGCGGAAUUAUGUUUUUAGAAAUGUUUACAAAUUAAUAAAAAAUGAAAAGCUGAAAUGUCUUGAGUCAUUAAGUACUCAACCUCUUUGUUAUGGCGAGCCUAAAAACGUUCAGGAGUAAAAAUGUGCUUAGCAAAUCACGUAAUAAGUUGCAUGGACUCUGUGUGCAAUAAUAGGGUUUAACAUGAUUUUUGAAUGACUACCAUCAUCUUUGUACCGCACACAUACAAUUAUCUGUAAGGUUCCUAAGUCGAGCAGUGAAUUUCAAGCACAGAUUCAGGGUUUGGGCUAGGCCCCUUAGUUCCAGUGAAGGGAAAUCUUAACACUACAGCAUACAAUGACCUUCUAGAUGAUUCUGUGCUUCCAACUUUGUGGCAACAGUUUGGGGAAGGCACAAAGCGAGGUCCAUACAGAAAUGGUUUGUCGAGAUUGUUGUGGAAGAACUUGACUGGCCUGCACAGAGCCCUGACCUCAACCCCAUCGAACACCUUUGGGAUGAAUUGGAACGCCGACUGCGAGCCAGGCCUAAUCGCCCAACAUCAGUGCCCGACCUCACUAAUGCUCUUGUGGCUGAAUGGAAGCAAGUCCCCACAGCAAUGUUCCAACAUCUAGUGGAAAGCCUUCCCAGAAGAGUGGAGGCUGUUAUAGCAGCAAAGGAGGGACUCCAUAUUAAUGCCCUUGAUUUUGGAAUGAGAUGUUCGACAAGCAGGUGUCCACAUACUUUUGGGCAUUUUAGUGUAGGUGUUAUAUUGUCCAUUAAAUAAAAUGUUUCUUCUACUUUGACACUACAGAGUAUUUUGUGUAGAUCGUUGCAAAAAAUGACAUCAAUUUUAAUCCCACUUUUAUAACUCAACAAAAUGUGGAAAAAGUCCAAGGGGUGUGAAUACUUUCUGAAGGCACUGUAUUUGAUAUGAGAUUACCCAGGAACUAAAUCUACAUAUGUCUUCACCCCCAGUCACAUAAUGUUACAACAGGAUGUUAAUUUAGCUAGUACAGUAAGCGUAUUGGUGCCAUCACCAUCCUCCUUGUGACCUACCCUCAAUCCCACCCGCUCUGGCCUCCUGGCUCCAUUCAAUGGGCCAGCCACUGAUGGACAGACAUGGAGAUGGAGGGGAAAGAGGUCGGUCUGUGAGAGGGAGACGAGAGGAAGUGGGCCGCAGGUGUGUCACUGCUGACAUCAAAGCAGAUCUGACUGUCCCUGCUACCCAUCUGUCUUUAAGCUGUCCGUGUUACUAUUCAUGAUGUCCAGACAUUGGUCAUUAAUCACUCCCUCUCAAUCUCUGAUAACCUCUAAUACUGUGACCAACCUUAAGAGUCAGUCUGUAAAGAAAAUCCCCAUGUUAUAUGGAUUCCAUGUUGUGAUGGUGAGCCCCGUCACAGACCUCAGACAGCCUUAUCUCCCUGACAUCAACCCUAUCACUUCGGGUUGUAACUAGUGCUCGAUAGAUAUACAAACAGGUAGGUUAGGCUCAAUCCUCUCUGUGUGUGGCUGUCGACAGGUGAAUGGCAUAGGAUCCAUGUCUCUCCUGUCUGUGUCUCUGACUGUCCUCUGUCUGUCUGUAGACAAGCAGGAGAACCGUCGCCCUCUGGCCCAUGAGUGCCUGGGGGAGGUCCUGAGGGUCCUACGACAGGUCAUCAGCACCUACCCCCUCCUCAACACCGUGGAGACUCUCACUGCUACAGGCAAACUCAUAUCUAAGGUCAAAGGUGAGACUUCUGGCUGGACCAGACAGUGGUCUACUACCUAGGGUCAAAAGGUCAAUCUUUUUAGCACAAAAUAAGUCAAUGAGUUUUAAAAUUGCCGAGAUGGGCUAGAAUGAACACAUUCAUUAUUUUGAUUGCAGGAUUUCACUUUGAGACGUGUAAUGACACAGAAAAGAAGGACUUUGAGAAGGCCAUUGAGACCAUUGCAGUUGCUUUUAGUAGCAAGUAAGUAUAUGGUACACCCGUUUCUCUGUAUAUAUUGCCAUGCACUAGUAACAAUAUUCAUGGUUCCUAAAAUAAGCCAUAGGUGUUUCUCUGUAUGCCACAAUUAUUUUACUGUUUACCACUUGAGAUGCAACAACACUAUUCUCUGGUACAGAGUAAUGGGACAUGACCACAUGUGGUGUCCUCAGUGGUCAGGUCAGUGGGGGUAUGUGUGAUGAUGACUGUAGAAGUUCAGUGUGUGUGAGAGUGAAGUGGAGCUUAGAGAGAAACGCAGUGACACAUUUGCAUGGGGCUCAGUAGAAAACAGGAAAUGUAGUCGUGGUUUUCUUCUCUUCCGUAACCAAGGACACGAAACCAAAUCGCAGCCAUUUGGCUUCUGUUGUCUCAACAGAUUAUUAUUUACAGACCAGGAAUAGGUGCUUCUAUUCUCAUAUCACUCUCAAAAUCAAAAAUGCUACAUUUACAGCUAAAACGUGCUGUGAUGUGUACAGUAUAUUGCACAUAGGUCUAUAAGUUGUGAGGUCAGGACAGGUGCAUCAAAUCUGGGACCGAGAGACUGAAAAACAGCUUCUUUCUCAAGGCCAUCAGACUGUUAAACAGCCAUCACUAAGACAUUAGAGGCUGCUGCCUAUAGACAUAGACUACAAAUCACUGGCAACUUUAAGAAAUGGAACACUAGCCACUUUAAUAAUGUUUACAUAUCUUGCAUUACUCAUCUCAUAUGUAUUUACUGUAUUUUAUACAAUUCUACGGUAUCUUAGUCCAUGCCGCUCUGACAUCGCUCAUCCAUAAAUGUAUAUAUUCUUAAUUCAUUCCUUACUUAGAUUUGUGUGUAUUACUUGUUAGAUAUUACUGCACUGUCGGAGCUAGAAGCACAAGCAUUUAGCUACAUUCGCAAUAACAUCUGCUAAACACGUGUAGGUGACCAAUUAAAAUUUGAUUUGAUUUACAAAAUAGUGUUUGUUCACACCCUGGCCCUCUACAGUACAACAAAUAGCAGCAACAGGGCAAAGAAUACACAAAAAGGAAGUUAAAUGGUGGUGCGAUUGCACAGAGCCUGGAGCCUGGCAUGAACGGUUUCCUGAUGCUCUCCUUUCCUUGUUUCCUUUCCAUGACCAUCGGCGGGUGAAAGAACCAGAAAUGUACCCUCCACAUUUGAUCUCCAAUUUGUCCCUCAUAUUAGUACUUUCUGUCUCUGUGUAAUGGUCUCUCUGCCUCUGUCCUCCUCAGUGUGUCAGAGCUGCUGAUGGGGGAGGUGGACAGCAGUACCCUACUGUCCCUGCUGCCAACACAGAAGAGCAGGGUGAGUGGGAGUUAAUGUGGCUUUCUUGGUGUGUGUGUGUGACAGUCUCAGAACGGAUGUUUGUGUGGCACGGGGGCAGCAAGGCCAGCUUCCUGCCAGUGACAGUGUCUUUAUCUCUGCCUUUUCUUCACUGUCUCCUGUUAUGGCCACACACACAAAAACACAGGCCGCCUCUAACACUCCAGAUAACACAGCUCCUUCCACCUCAUUCAUCAAUGCAGCUCCCACACUGAAUUCAUCAGGCCUGCACACACACUGGGCUUAUUAUUGCCCACAGUCUAUGUGCCAAAUGCUAUAUACUUCCAUUUACAGUGGAACAGCCAUCAUUCAAUUGCACAUCCCCAUCCAUGAGAUACCAUUUGGCAUCGCUCUAUUGCAUCAUUGUUUCUAUUGGCUCUGGUAAAGUGUCCUGCCAAAUGAUUUUGUGUAGUGCCAGAAAUGUUUUCUAUGUAGUUGGCCAUUUGCAAUGGCAUGAACUGGUCAUUUAGUGUGUAAUGUUAAUAUCCCCCAGAAUCAGUAUUCAUGAGUGGUCUAAACUGUCUCCCUCUCUCUGUAUGUCCAGUCUAUGGAGGACCUGUACGGGGCGUCAGGUCAGGGGCCAGAGGGAGCUCAGAUGAGGGGUGACCUUCAGGACUUUGGCCGGGCUGAGGAGGUGGACAUCAUGCUGCAGCGUAGUGAAGGGGGAGUGGACUCUGCUUUGGCAUACGCAAAGACCAUCUCUAAAUACAUGAAGGACCUGAUGAGCUACGUGGAGAAGAAGAUCUUACUGGGUGGGCACACAGACACCGCAGACAGUCCCCACAGAUAAUAGUGGACAUUUAGGUUGAUUCUUAUACCUUUCAUUUAAACAUAUUAAGUUGAUUCACCCAUAUCUUCCCCCAUCCAGAGGUGGAGUUUGCCAAGGGCUUACAAAGACUGUACCAGUCCAGCAAGCACAGCAUCACACAUGUAAGCCUUGUGGUUUUGUCUUUUAUAAUAGAAGGAAAGGAAAACCUAAUUCACUCUCGUCAAAAUGAUUCCAUCCAUUUCAAGAGGCUCCUGUAACGACAAUGAUCUUGUCCCUCUCACCACACCCUCUACCUAUCUCUCAGCCCCACAUGCCAUUCUACUCCAUCUACUCUCUGGCUCUGGAGCAGGACUUGGAGCAGAGCAGUGGCGUGCAGCAGGCCACCUCCACACUGCACAGCCAGACCUUCCUACAGCCUCUGAUGCAGCGUAAACACGAGCAUGAGAAGAAACGCAAGGAGGUCAAGGAACAGUGGCACCGAGCCAAGAGGAAACUGGUCCGUUCCUUGCUAGUGCUAUUUAUGUAAUAUGUUGUCUCUCCUAUUUUGAUUAUUUGUCUCAUAUUGCCAUGAUGUUUACAGGAAUUAAUUCUGUACUAUUGAUACUUAACAUUAUUUGACAAUACGUCCACAAAAAGUAUUUUUAAGAAUACCCUUAUCUUUGUUUUUUCUCUCGAGCUUUCCCAAUUUGUGUAACUGAAGACUGAUUCUGUGUGUACCUGUGUGUUUGUGAUCCAGCUGGAAUGUGAGUCAAACCUGCGCAAGGCCAAGCAUGCCUACCUGGCUCGCUGUGAGGAGCACGACAAGGCAGCCGCUAGCAGAGCAGCAGAGGGGGAGGGAGGAGGCUCCACCACCAAGUCUCUGGGCAAGAAGUUACGAGUGGAAGAAGAGGCUCGCAACAAGGUCUCCAUCACCAUAUAUAAUGUAUUCUCUCCUCUCUUCUACUCAUCUCGCCUCUCUCCUCUCCAUAUCUCGCAUCUUCUCUCCCUCUCCAGUGAAAUCUCCUAAAAAGCUAUCUAGUGUCCUGUCUCUGACUGCAAGUCAUUGUCAAAGCCUAUGGCCAUUUUUCAAUGAGUAUGUAUGCCAUUAGCCUGGCUGAGAAUUGACCAGCGUGUGUGUGUGUUCAGGCUGAGGAGGCAGAGGCCACUUACAGGACAUGUGUAGCAGACGCCACCACCCAGCAGCAGGAGCUGGAACACGUGAAGGUCAACGUGCUCCGACUUCUGCAGGAGGUCAUCAGACAGAGUGACCAGACCCUGCGCUCGGUCAGUAUACUACCACGCACACACACGUAUAGACCCUGGACUGAAAUUAUUGAUCAAUGCAACCAAAGACUGCCAUAUACACUGCUCAUACAGUCCCCACCACAACACACACACACAGACAGACCAUCAGUCCCCUCCACAACACACAUACACUCAGACCUAUUGUUUUCUCGGAAAGUCUUUGCCUCCACCUCUCUCUCUCACACACACACACACACCUGACUUCCGUUCUAUUCCUCUCCUUCCCUCCAGGCUACCAUCUCGUACUACCAGAUAAUGCACAUGCAGACAGUGGCGUUGCCGGUCCACUACCAGACUCUGUGUGAGAGCAGUAAGCUGUAUGACCCAGGACAGCAGUACGCUGCCCACGUCCGAGACCUGCAGCUCUCUAAGGAACCAGAGGUCACCUACCAGUUUGAGCCAUACACCGCCACUGCAGCCUCCACACUGUGAGUCACCACUUGCCUCAAAGCAUUAUAAAAAGCAUUUGAUUUGUUAGGUGCCUAUAGAUGGGUUAGCUGACAACGUCACGAAAACGACGUGCACGCUUCAAUGGGGGCAGAAGUCUGUGUGUUGUUAUUCUGAAUGGUCAGAUAGCUAGCAAAAAUCACAAGAAGCUGCCAUGUGGGGAAUCGUAGGUGGCUUGUUUCAGCUAGUUCCAUCUUGUUCUUGAUACCAUGUCUUGUUUUGACUGAUGUCACUUCUAUUCUAAUAUGGCAAAAAUUCACUAGAUAGCUAACCAACAACGAUGUAUUCGAGAGACAACAAGUGCUCAUUGUGCAAAUGUAUUUGUUUUCAAUAAACAUUGGAGACGACAUAUAGUUAACAUGUUGUCAACAAUCUAAGGCAACCCUGUCUGUUUUGCCCAAUAGUUGCACCCAGAUGAAAGUCACAGUAAUAAAUAAUAUAUGUUAAUUCAGGCAGCCAGCUCGAUCCCGUAACGACAGCUUCAACACAGACCAGCAGAGCAGCUCUGAGGGUCAACCCAGCACUGGAGAGACCAUGACUGGCGAGGACCGCAGUGCUGAAAAUGCCAGAAAGAGUGUGUAAUUUUUUAUGAUAUUUAUUCGGUUCUUACUCGCUUGUGCCAUCUCACCAUGCAAGACAUUAAAUCAAUGCUCUAGGUUUACAGCGCAAGACAAAAUGGUGUUAUUCAGAGGGUGAAUGGGCAAGACAAAAGAUUUAAGUACCUUUGAACAGGGUGUGUUAGUAGGUGCCUGGCGCACCGGUUUGAGUCAAGAACUGCAACGCUGCUGGGUUUUUCACGCUCAACAGUUUCCCAUGUGUAUCAAGAAUGGUCCAUCAUCCAAAGGACAUCCAGCCAUCUUGACACAACUGUGGGAAGCAUUGGAGUCAACAUGGGCCAGCAUCCCUGUGGAACUCUUUCGACACCAUGUAGAGUCCAUGCUCCAACGAAUUGAGGCUGUUCUGACAAGAAAAAAGGGGAGGGGGGUGCAACUCAAUAUUAGGAAGGUGUCCUUAAUGUUUUGUAUGUUUGUGCUGUCCAUGAUAAUCUUGUGUACCCUUUCCCAGGACAAGGCCACAAAUCGUGGGGUUCUACAGUGAGUGAUGCAGACAGUGUAGGAGGGGAAGUUGGCCUGGAAUAUCCUACCACCAGUACAGGUAAGGCAUGCACUCUAUCUCUCUAUCCCUCUAUAUGGCCAACUCAUGCAGUACUGUAGCUGUGUAUGUUAUAGUUUGGUAUGUUUUAGGUGACAUCAGUAAAAUGGCACGCACCUCCUCCACUGGGACCAUGUCGUCCAAUGAAGAUCCGGAUGAGAAGGACGGGAACGUGGCCUCCUUCCAAGCACCAAGUGAGACUUAAGAUCCACCUCCUCUCUGUUUGCCAACCAGUCAAUAAUUAAUACAUUGAUUAAUUGAUAAAUGCAUUAAUCUUCUCUGCAGACAUAAAUGGCAUGGAGCCAGAGAUGGCGGUUCCAACCGGACCUUUCCGGAACAUUGGGCUCUCCAAAGCCGCCCAGACCCACCGGCUGCGUAAACUCCGCACCCCGUCGAAGUGUCGGGAGUGCGACAGCUACGUGUACUUCCAGGGAGCAGAGUGUGAGGAGGUGAGAGAAAAUGCUGUCUCCUUCGCCACCUUUUACGCUGCGAAAGCAAUAGAAUGGGCUGGUAGAUCAGCUGCAUACUUCAGUUUUUCUGUGUGAAUGAUCUCUUAAGUCUUUCAUUGGUUAUCACCCUGACCUCUAACCCCUUGACCUCUACACCAGUGUUUCCUGGCAUGUCAUAAGCGGUGUUUGGAGACGUUGGCCAUCCAGUGUGGCCAUAAAAAGCUGCAGGGUAAACUCCAGCUGUUCGGCCGAGACUUCUCCCAGGUGUCCAGCGGCAGCUCCGACGGCAUCCCCUUCAUCAUCACUAAGUGCAUCUCCGAGAUAGAGAGACGAGCCCUGAAGAUGAAGGUGAGGGAAUGGGGGAUGAAGGAAAGAAGUGUGGAGGGUCUGUUGCUUGAAAUGAGCAUAAUGGUUGGUUGUAUGAAUGCAUUAUUUUCUUUCUCCCUCUCUGUCCUUCUCUCUUUAACAUUUUCUCUCUCUUCCCAUUUGUCUCCAUCACUCUCUCUGCAGGGUAUCUACAGAGUAAAUGGGGUGAAGACUCGUGUGGAGAAGCUGUGUCAAGCCUUUGAGAACGGCAAGGAACUAGUGGAGCUCUCACAGUGUUCCCCCCACGACAUCAGCAACGUCCUCAAGCUCUACCUCCGACAGGUACACACCUUGUCUGUUUCAGCCUUCAUAUUUAAUUGCACUUAUGCUUGGAUAAGAUGGCUACAAACAAAGAUAAAAAAUCUCCCUCUCUCCUCCCCAGCUUCCGGAGCCCAUCAUGUUGUUUAGUCUGUACAACAGCCUGAUGGGGCUGGCCAAGGAGAGCCUGCAGAAUGAGGCCGGGACAGGGAAGGGGCCAGAGCUGGUGGACCUGGGGCCAGCCACUGACCCAGCAGUCCUGGCCGUGGUGGAUAGACUCCGAGAGCUGCUGAGAGAACUGCCCAAGGCUAACAUAGCCACGCUGCGCUACAUCGUACGCCACCUGCGCAGGUGAGCUAGAACAUUGCAUCAAACAUUGCUAAAUAAGAAUUCAUUUUUCCUGACUGACUAUCACCAAACAGUAUAUCUAUAGAUGGGUUAGCUGACAACGUCACGAAAACGAUGCAUGCCCUUCAAUGGGGUAGAACGCUGUGCGUUGUUAUGGUUCUGGAUGGCCAGAUAGCUAGCAACAAUGACAAGAAGCUGCCAUGUGGGGAAUCGCAGGUGGCUCGUUUCAGCUAGUUUUAUCUUGUUCUUGAUACCAUGUCUUGUUUUGAGGUGUUUUGACUGAUGUCAUUUCUAUGCUAAUAUGGCUCAAAUUCGCUAGGUAACCAACAACUGUAAUAAUAUGCCAUUUAGCAGACGCUUUUAUCCAAAGCGACUUACAGUCAUGUGUGCAUACAUCUUUACAUAUGGGUGGUCCCGAGGAUCGAACCCUCUACCCUGGCGUUACAAGCGCCAUGCUUUACCAAUUGAGCUACAGAGGACCACUAAUGUAUUGUAACUAAGAGUGUCUGCUAAAUGACGUAAAUGUAAUGUAUUUGAGACAACAAAUGCUCAUUGUUAAAAUGUAUGUUUUCAAUAAACAUUGUUGACGUUUAAACUAUAUUUCGUCUCCAAACUAAGCCAACCCUGUCUGUUUUGCCCCAUGGUUGCGCAGGGGUCAUUUUUGACUAUGGAGUCUAAGUUCAGCAAAACCGGUUUUCACAUAUCAUCAACUUCGUGAUUCACCAUUGUGACCAUGUAUUAUGGAUGUGACAAAUGGAGAGAGAAAGUUACUUUUAAACAGCAAAUUAUUCUUGUUUUCGUUAAAACACUCUAUACUCCUCUGUAAGCUGGUCAUCUCUGUAUAUCCGUCGCAAGACCCACUGGUUGAUGUUUAUUUAUAAAACCCUCUUAGGCCUCACUCCCCCCUAUCUGAGAUACCUACUGCAGCCCUCAUCCUCCACAUACAACACCCGUUCUGCCAGUCACAUUCUGUUAAUGGUCCCCAAAGCACACACAUCCCUGGGCCGCUCCUUUUUUCAGUUCGCUGCAGCUAGCGACAGGAACGAGCUGCAAAAAAACACUCAAACUGGACAGUUUUAUCUCCAUCUCUUCAAAGACUCAAUCAUGGACACUAUUAUUGACAGUUGUGGCUGCUUCGCAUGAUUUAUUGUUAUCUCUACCUUAUUGCCCUUUGUGCUGUUGUCUGUGCCCAAUAAUGUUUGUACCAUGUCUUGGCCUGCUACCAUGUUGUUUUCAUGUUGGGUUGCUGCCAUGCUAUGUUGUCUUAGGUCUCUCUCCUGUUGUGAUGUGUGUUUGGUCCUAUAUAUAUUUGUUUUAAUCCCAGCCCCCGUCCCCGCAGGAGGCCUUUUGCCUUUUGGUAGGCCGUCAUUGUGAAUAAGAAUUUGUUCUUAACUGACUUGCCUAGUUAAAAAAAUUCACAAUGCAGCUGCGGUAUUGGUCUCACCACUGUGCGUCCCUUUCAGAUGGUUAAGCGUUGCAAAGUUUGCAUUUCCUUCUCAUUUAACUUCUAAAAGUAUUGCCAUACAGGGCUUGGCUGCUGUCCCUUGCCUUUCUCUGCCAUUUUUCCAACUGUUAACGACGAUGACGUAGUGGUGUACGCGCUUCAACGAUCUUAGUAGUUGCAGAAAUUGACCCACUAUGCUGUUUACGUUCUGCAUCUUUUUUCAGUUAGGGAUUUUUCUUAACGUAAAGGAUUUUAACGUUCAAAAGUUCGCACCCCUACCAUGUUUUAACCUCUCCCUGUCAUAUUAUCCAUGUUGUCCCUGUCCCCGCUCUGUCCUCAGGAUUGCAGAAUUAGAACAGGACAAUAAGAUGAGUCCCAGUAACCUGGGCAUCGUGUUUGGCCCCUCUCUGAUGCGGCCCCGGCCCACUGGGGCCACAGUGUCCCUGUCCUCUCUAGUGGACUACCCCCACCAGGCCCGCAUCAUAGAGACUCUCAUAGUCUUCUACACAGCCAUCUUCCAGUCCUCCAGCAGCAGCAGUUGCCCAUUCUCCACCCAACAGGUGUGUGUGUGUGUGCCUGUCUUCGUGUCUGUUUUCUUCCCAUAGGGGAUGCGUGUACAUACUUUUUUUUAGACCCGCAAAAUUAGAUGUUAAAGAAUAUUUCAAACAUACAGGAAGAAUGUGAAUGCUUUCAGUUCACCUACCCACAAUAGCUCAACUAAUACCAGAGUUGUGAAUGGUUUGAACUCAAGUUCCCUAUUUUAACUAAUGUUUUGUGUCUCCCUGUUGGUGUAGACUGUCAGUGUGGGUAUAGAUGAGAACAGCAGUCAUGCGGUAGCUGAUGGAGAGGAACAGGAAGCCAAUGAGGAACAGAGCAGAACAGACUCUGACAAGAUGGAGGGCUGUGGUAAAAGAUGUUUAGAUGGACUUGUGAAUAACCUUUGCCUUUUGAUUUUAGUACAUCUUUAUAACUUCUAUUCAUCCAGGUGAGUUUGACCAGUGUCACUUCAUUACAUCCCUUCACUUUUUCUCUAUGCAGGCAGUUCUCCAGGCUCCCUGGGUUCCAGUGAGCAGAUGGUGGACUCUGACUCAGAGCUGAAUGAGACUGGGAGGGGGUCCACACACUGUCCCCACAGCCUGGUCGAACAGGAGAGCGAGGUCAGCACAAAGGAUGACCAACUGAGCUGCAAGGAUAGUCUGAAACUCUCCAGCCAGUCUCUACCUCAGACCGAUCCAGACCAGGAGAGUCCUGGUCCCGAUGCCUCGGACCAUGAACCCCCAGACAGUGAGCUCCCGGACCUGAGCGUCUCCCUGGCUGAGCUCAAUGUAAAUCAGUCCAACAACCAUGCUCUAGGCCUGUGUGGGGCGAAGCGCAGUCUACCGCCCAGGGAGCCAGAGUUUGUGUAA